AUGUUCCGUGUUGAUGGAUUCCGGAGUUAUUUCAUCCUCGUUUGGUCCCUCCAGGCUUGGGAUAUCCAAACUAUCAUCGGUGAUGGGUUCCUGGACGACGUGCGGAUUAUUUUCAUCAACUAUAAGGCAGAAAAUAAUAUUUCGCUGAGUGUCUAUAGAAUUGCCUUCGAACUGGGGAUUACUACUAGGCUUGGAAAUGUCGAUCCCUUCACUCGUCGUUGGCCGGAUGCCAAACGCCUCCCAAAAGUCGUAGCCACAGAUGAGAUCUUUCGAUAUCUCGGGGAUUACUACUGUUGGAACGACCUUUGUCUUCCCAUCGAAUGUGAAGGGUUAAACCUGUUUAUUAAGUCGAGAGAACUGAUGACCGAUAUGCUUGCGCCGGAAUCCAGCAGACCCGUGACUUCGGUGCCGAGAAUUUGCACGGUAAUAUGUGGGCAGGACAGUAAAGUCAGCAUCAUGUCGAAGCAAAACGAUGGGGACACAGUUGAACAGCAUUCAAACCAUUUACCCAUGGUUGACAGCAGGCCCCACUCACUCACUCAUUCCGGCCAGCCAUAAUAUCGUAGCAUGAAACCAAAUAAAAGCAAUA